AUGGCUGAGAUGGAAGGACUUGAAAAAGAGGUCACUGAACUUAGAGGUCUUUCGCAGCGCCAAGCUGAACAUAUUGUCGCGUUGGAGAAAGCUCAAGACUGCAAUGCUGUGGCGAAGGAGAAGGCGCUUAGUGAAGCGCAGUCUAAGGUAACUGAACUAGAAUCGCAAAUUGAAAGCCUUCGUCGGAACCCCCUUUCAAACAAGGAGGAACUUGAAAAGGAGGUUAAUGAACUGCGACAUCUCUCAGACCAACAAGCUAAACAAAUUGUCGCCUUGGAGACAACUCAGAAUGGUAACCUUGUGGAGAAGGAGAAGGCCCUCACUGAGGCCCAUUCGAAGAUUGCCGAAUUGGAAGCACAAAUCGAGGGCCUUCGCACAAACUCUACUUUUAACUUAGAAGACCAGCAUGUUAAGGUACUUGAAAGAGAGGUGACCGAUUUGCGAGGUCUUUCAGAACGGCAGGCUGAACACAUUGCUGCUUUGGAGAAAUCUCUUGCCACUUCAAAAGGUUGUGAAAAACGCGAUGCGACAGUGGACGCGACUGUCCGAUGUCGUGAAGUGGAGACCAUAGCUUUGUGUCAAACGGAACGCAGCCUUGUCAAGUCGGAGGAGCUUCUUACCCAGCUUCGAACCGACCUUACCCAAUCGAAGGCGAGCUAUGCACAGUUGGAGGAGCGUUUUAAACAACUGACAGAUCGUCUCGUAGCCAGUGAUGAGGAGAAAUCCCGCCUGGAGGGAGUCGUUGCCCAACUGGAAAUGGAAUCUUCCACCAUCGACGAAUACGUCACAAUGUUUGCACAUCGCCGGCAACUCCUGCUCAAGAGAGCAAAGAUAAGGGACGCGUUGUUAUUACGAUUGAUUCGGGAUAGAAAUGAACUGCGCCAGCGGCUUCAUUCACUCUCUGACGUGGCCAACGCCGUGAUUGCCUCUUCUUCCUCUUCGUCUUCAAAAUCUGAAGGCGAGCAGAGCACUAAUCCAUCAAUGACAGAUUUUGAAAAAGCACUUUCCGAUUUCCUUUCCCAUUUGGCCACUUCCUCCACUGAUUACUCUCUGGACCUCAAUGCGGAGGACAAUGAGGAAGACGAUGUGAAUAAUGGCACUACUGGAAAUGUAAAAGCGGCUGGGGAUGAAAAAAUUGAAGGCGCCUCGCUAGAUGACCAGUUGCGCCGAUACGUUUCUGCUGUUCACGACUGUCUGCAUUGUGAAUGCUGCUCCGGUUCCCUGAUGGUCGUCUAG